GAUGGCGUCAUAGGGCGGGGCCUCGGGCGGCGGGAAGAGGCGGCGGGAGAAUGGAGGUGCCCGAUAACCCAGAAGGUGCGGGCGAGAGCGGGCCUCUGGACUCUGGUCCGGUCCCCAGCAAGGCUCCCGGUAGCGCUGGCCACUACGAGUUGCCGUGGGUCGAAAAAUAUAGACCAGUAAAGUUGAAUGAAAUUGUCGGGAAUGAAGACACUGUGAGCAGGCUAGAGGUUUUUGCAAGAGAAGGGAAUGUGCCCAAUAUUAUCAUUGCCGGUCCCCCAGGAACUGGCAAAACUACAAGCAUCCUGUGUUUGGCACGAGCCCUUCUGGGCCAAGCUCUCAAGGAUGCCGUUUUGGAACUCAAUGCCUCAAACGACAGGGGCAUUGAUGUUGUGAGAAAUAAAAUCAAAAUGUUUGCCCAGCAGAAAGUCACCCUUCCCAAAGGGCGACACAAGAUCAUCAUCCUGGAUGAAGCAGACAGCAUGACUGAUGGAGCCCAGCAAGCCUUGAGGAGAACCAUGGAAAUCUACUCCAAAACGACUCGCUUUGCUCUUGCUUGUAAUGCUUCAGAUAAAAUCAUAGAGCCCAUUCAGUCCCGAUGCGCAGUCCUCCGCUACACAAAGCUGACCGAUGCACAGAUCCUUGCGAGGUUACUGAAUGUGAUCGAGAAGGAGAAGGUGCAGUACACUGACGAUGGUCUGGAAGCCAUUAUCUUCACUGCCCAGGGAGACAUGAGGCAGGCAUUGAACAACUUGCAAUCUACUUUCUCAGGAUUCGGCUUUAUUAACAGUGAGAAUGUGUUCAAGGUCUGCGAUGAGCCCCACCCGCUGCUGGUGAAGGAGAUGAUCCAGCACUGUGUGAACUCCGAUAUUGAUGAAGCCUACAAGAUUCUCGCUCACCUGUGGCAUCUCGGGUAUUCACCAGAAGACAUCAUUGGCAACAUUUUUCGAGUGUGUAAAACCUUCCAAAUGGCAGAAUACUUGAAACUAGAGUUUAUUAAGGAAAUUGGAUAUACUCAUAUGAAAAUAGCAGAAGGUGUGAACUCCCUUCUGCAGAUGGCAGGGCUUCUGGCCAGGCUGUGUCAGAAGACAGUGUCCCCGGUGGCCAGUUAGAGUGGAGAACUCAGCGAUUGGGUUUCAAGAGUCCCUGAGAGACAGGAGUCACAGCCUUCCGCUUGGAAAAAAAUGCUGUCACUGGAACACACCUUCCUCUAACACACCAUGGCCUUCCCGGUGCUUCCGCACGUCUCCACGAGCGUUUGCAUUCAGCCCCAGACUCAGGGAUGUAACAGGGGAAAGGCCCAAGAGAACCUCUAGGACACAGCACCCAGUCUGGGCGUGUGUUGGCAUUUUAGCUAAUAAAGCAAUUUUGUUGACUAUGA